AUGUCAGGCUCAGGCAUAGCAAUAGGACGAAGAGGAAUUCAUUACUUGCAGAAAUUAAAAGUUGCAAAUAUACCUUCUGAUUUAUUAGAAAAGGGUCAAAAUCGUGUAAUAGAUGCUUCUCUUACCCUUAUUCAUGAGAGAGUAAAGCUCAAGCUCAGGCUGACAGGGGGUGUUAUGGCAUCCUCAUUUCUGCUUGGAGUUCCUUUAGAACAUAAGUCAUCAUUUCUUCAAGAACCAGCAUUUGGGCCUCCUCACAUUAGGGAUGCAAUCUGGUGCGGCAAACCAGCGUGCUACAUAAGGCAACUUCUUACCGGGCUUCACUAUUGUCAUGUAAAUCAAGUACUAUACUGUGACAUCAAAGACAAUAAGGGUAACCUCAAGCUUGCAGAUUUUGGGCUUGUUCACUCAUUCUCAAAUGAUUACAAUGCAAAUCUUGCAAAUCAUGUUAUUACUUUAUGGUACAGACCUCCAGAGCUGCUUCUUGAAGCAACAAAGUAUAAUCCAACUGUUGAUAUAUGUUCUCUUGCUAUGGCUUUGAGCGACAAGUUGAGAGAGGCUGCUCAAGAAGGCAAUAUUGAUGGCUUGAAGCUGAACAAAGAUAGCUAUAGUCCUAUUCACCUAGCUUUGCAGAAUGAGAAAAUUGUGCUUCGUCUCUUGGCUGCAGAUAAGGGUUUGGUUCGUGUCAAAGGGAGGGAGGGAGACAAUCUUUUACAUUACGUGGCUGAACAAGGGAACAUUCAUCUUUUAGCCCAAUUUCUGGUGGAUUGUCCUGAAUGUGUUUAA